UCUCACAUCGUGCUACAUCUCACGUUAUCGAAAUCUUCAAAAAAUCAGUAUAAUGUACGACGUACGUGAUAAAACUGUAAUGAUCACUGGAGCAGCUGGCGGAUUAGGAUAUAAAUUCGUCGAGAUACUACUUCGUAAUGGUGCAAAAAGCAUUGCUAUGAUCGAUCUAUCAACAUCAAACGGCCAGAAUGCGGCGGCGACUUUGGAGAACGAAUUUGGGAAAGGUCGUGCUGUUUUCGUUGCCUGCGACGUGACAAAGGCUGAUGAUUUAAAAAAGACGUUCAAAAAGGUUAUCGACACAUUCAAAGGACUUGAUAUUCUUAUCAACAGUGCCGGUAUAUUUAACGAUAAUUAUUUGGAGAAAAUGAUCGAUCUUAAUAUUAAGGCACUAAUUCACACCUCUAUGAUGGCAUUCAACUAUAUGGGAAAGCAUAAAAGUGGUAAAGGCGGUGUAAUCGUAAACAUUGCAUCCGUAGCUGCAUUAGAUCCAGGUCACUUUUUUCCAAUAUACGGCGCUUCGAAAUAUGCCGUUCUGGGAUUCAGCCAAUCUCUGGCAAAUAUGUAUGACAAGACUGGAGUGCGAGUUAUUAUCAUGUGUCCAGGCCUUACAGCAACAACAUUAAUCAUAAACAUCAACAGUAAGAUUUGUGACUCUAUUCGCCCUAUAGUAACCAACGAGAUUGCUAGUGUGGAGAAUAUGCCGAAACAGACAUCUGAUAACGUGGCACUUGGGGUGUUAAAUCUGAUUCAGAACGGUAAAAACGGAGCGACUUGGCUCAGCGAAGGUGACCAACCGCCAUACGUCGUAAACUUUCCUCAUUAUUCCAAGCGAUGUACGCCUGUAUAA